AUGCUGCUCCAUGCUUGGCUUAAGAAAUACGGUCUUGAGGCGCAAUCCCUUACUCUUCUCGAUGCCCUGGCUCCGGCAUCCGUGAAUUUAAAGCCGCGCUAUGUAAGAGCACUAGGCCGACAUAUUCUUUCACCUACUCUGCUAAGUCAGAUGCCACUCUGCUGCCUCGUUCCAGCUGAUCUGAUAACGGAUGGUCAAAAGCAAAAGGAGCUAAAGGGUCCGCCCAAAAUCCUCCUUCUCAAUCCAUCGGCUGUCGAACUGCCCAGUUACAUGAGCAGGCUACAGACUGCGUUAAGAUGUUUUGAACGGUAA